AAUGCUGGUUUUCCUACUGCCCUUUUCCUCUCUUGCCCAUCCAUGUUGUUGUUCCUUACUGGGUGGAACACACACUUGCUAUUUUAUGAGUCCUUUGUGUCUUUUGAUAUCAUAUACUCUUUGACAACCUGUUUCUUCUGCCGUAUGAAUAACAAAUAUAUUAAUACAGUUGACUGGAAAUGUAGUAUAGUUUUCUUUGAUUCUCAGUGGAUUCUGUUUUCUUGUGUUGUUGUGCGAUUAUAUUUUUCUGGGAAGACCGCAUUUGUUUUUGAGUAUGGAAGUGAGACUGAAAAUGCAUGUCUGUGUAAAAUGAGCCUAAGUCAAUGAGGAGAAAGGAGGUCUGCUGGAGAAAAUUAAGAUCAAGGUGCAAGGAAGUCUAAGGUUAUGAAGAGUUCCAGCAUGCAAAUCAGUCUGUGUGUUACUGUCUCUUACAGAGCUUUCUCUUUCUCUGUGAACCCUGUCUCCCUUUGCUGAAUGUUACUGCAAAUGGGAGGGAUUCAGCAUUUUUAAGUUCAAUUCUUAUAUUGCCUAUUUUGUCUGGUUCUUCAUACACAUUAUACCAUACACGUACACAUAGUAUGUUGGUAAAGACUUUCAGGUGUCUACCUUAGGAAUAAAAAUCCCCACUGACAUUUUCUGUACAUUAUCCCAGUCUUUCCUGUAGAAUGUUCUAACUUGGUUAUAAUCCUGCACUUUAGUUUCUGUACUCCCUGUUGUCUCCUAGGGUUUUUUUUUAAUGAUAGAUGUUGCUUGUUGAAGAGCUUUCUUCAGCGAACCUCACUUAAUAAAGUUGCUGUUUUAAGGGUUAGUGUCUAUUACACAGAAUUUUCUUGUACAGAGCAGUAACAAACAUUAUUUCCCUCAGAUCUGCUUUAUCAAAUGCCUCUUCAUGCAACUAGAGAGAUGUUAGGCCUGCCACUUCAUAGCUGGUUUUGUCUUUGUGGAGAGAAGAUGAAGUAAAAUAUAGAAGUCUUUCCAGUAACAAAACACAUUACCUAAGUCAAGUUAUGUGAGAGUCAGUAAAUAUCACCUGAGUUGACUGGAAGAGAAGCAGCUUUUGUCUGUGGAUCACUUUUCAUCAGGCAUGCUACCAGUCGACUUGCAGUCUUGUUGGCGUCAAGUUACUUAGCCCACCUUCAACUGCUGACAUAACUGGGAACAAUUUACAGAAUGGUAUGGAAAGUGAUAUUUUGACCUUUUCCAAAGUGGGAAUCUGCUAGUAACAACUGUCAUCAGGAUCAGUUUUUGUGUCUGUGUGUGCAGCUUCAGUCUUGCCCAUAGCUGGGUAUAGAUGAAAAGCUGAAUUAAAUACUUCUCUUAGCACUGGUAUGGCUGCAUUAGCAUCAGUCCUCCUGAAGCUCUAAUGUAACUUAAUAGAGGCUCUUUUCCUUAACUGGGGUCAGAUACACCUUUCAAAAUGGAUGUUGGUGGAUGACACAUUGACGUACCAAUUAAUACGGUGUUAACCAUGCCUUUCCUCUCCUAUUUGCUGGGAAAUAGAAGAAUGUGGAAGUAGACUGUGGGAAAUGGAGGAAAGCCAUGGUCUACAGCCACUGCUUGGACUACCAGUCUGCAGUGCUUCUGUGUAUUCAUUGACCCAACCAACUUCAGCUUAUGGUUUGAAGAAACUAACCAUAAAAAAACACCACCCAAAUUCCCCAGUAAUCAAAAGGGGGCUGAAAAAUGGUAGCUGGGCUGCCAGAUGCGAGCACAUCUCCCAAGCUUCUCAAGAUUGUUAAUUUCAAAGGAAAAUGAGUAUAAGGUCGGCUAUCAGCAUGUACUUUUUCCUUUGUUUUUUUCACUGUUGGCUUCUUUAGGCUUAGAUUUCUGUGAUAGUAUAAAAUUUGAACUUUAAGGCAGAUGAAGUGUGAUACUGAUUUAUAUUUAAUGGCCAUAAGUGUUUGAAGUGUCAUUUGUUUGCCUACACUACGGCAAGAUUCUGGACUCAAGCAGUAUAGAGAUGUUUAUUUUUUCUUUCCACAAAAUUCCCAAUUGCUCUAGACUAACAGAUUUUUACAAAUGGAGUUAAAUAAAAUCUUUGCUUACAGUGAUUAUAUCUAGGACAGCUUGCACUUUAGAAAAUACACAUUUUUAUAUUCCCAGCUUCACAAUUACACUUUGAUUUUUUUGCAAGUGCUUUCACGCAGACUUCUGUGCAAGCACAGAAUUGGGACUCCAGCUGUGGACUUUGUCAGUUGAGUCCUAGCGUAACUUCAGGUGUGGUUUUUCCCUUUUAAAAAAACCCUCUAAAAUUUUAUAAGAAAUUUUAAUCACACAUUUUUUAAAAAAUACUCUGGGUUUUGGUUUUUUUGGGACUUUUUUGUUGUCUUUUUCUUUAGUUUUUAAAUGAGCCAUUUAGGGUGAGGAAAAGCUUAUAAAGAUUCUUUAUUAAAUAUACAUGUGAGGAUGUAAUGCUGUUGUACAGACUGACACUAAAUAUGCACUUGCGGUCACAUUUACCUUUACGGUCUACAUUUCUCUUAAGUCAGAGUCAGGAAAGGAGAUAGUGUUUUACUGAUAAUGUUUCUGAUGUCUAAUUCUUAGGUGAGGGUAAGAUCUUAUGUCUUGCCCUUUGGCUGUUUGUUCCCCAUUACAGAGAUGUUUUCCCAAGUUUUUUGAAAAUCCAGGUCUGCUUACAAAGUAAUUUAUUUUUUAUUAGAAAUAGAUUGAUGUUCUGUAUUGACUUAUCCGAUGAUGGUUAUUAUGUUGGCAAGCAAGAUUUUAUCAAAGUAUCCUGAAGAAGGAAAGGGAAGCUCUAUAGCAGGGACAGACUGAGGGGAUGAAUCCACUUACUACCAAAAGCAGCAAAUGGAUUGUAUGGUGGCUCUAACCAAGAGAGCUGAUCCAGCUGAGUUGAAAACAAUAUUUUUGAAGUAUGCAAGUGUGGAGAAGAAUGGAGAAUUCUUCAUGUCUCCUCAUGACUUUGUCACACGAUACCUGAAGAUAAUUGGAGAUGGUUUGCCUAAUGCAAGCACUGUACAGCUCCUUGCAGGUGUGGUGGAUCAGACAAAAGAUGGGUUGAUAUCCUUUCAAGAGUUUGUGGCAUUUGAAUCAGUCCUGUGCGCUCCAGAUGCGUUGUUCAUAGUAGCCUUUCAGCUGUUUGACAAGACUGGCAAAGGAGAAGUUACUUUUGAGGAUGCUAAGCAAGUUUUUGGCCAGACCACAAUUCAUCAACACAUUCCGUUUAACUGGAAUUCAGAGUUCGUACAGCUGCAUUUUGGAAAGGAUAGAAAAAGACACCUAACAUAUGCGGAGUUCACUCAGUUUUUACUGGAGAUUCAGUUAGAACAUGCAAAACAAGCUUUUGUGCAGAGAGACAAUGCUCAGUCUGGAAGAGUCACAGCUAUGGACUUCAGGGACAUUAUGGUCACUAUCCGGCCGCACAUGCUGACACCAUUUGUAGAAGAAUGUCUAGUAGCUGCUGCUGGAGGUACCACUUCCCAUCAGGUCAGCUUUUCCUAUUUUAAUGGAUUUAAUUCUCUCCUUAACAACAUGGAGCUCAUUAGAAAGAUCUACAGUACUCUGGCUGGAAAUAGAAAAGAUGUGGAAGUCACUAAGGAGGAGUUUGUUCUGGCAGCUCAGAAAUUUGGUCAGGUUACACCCAUGGAAGUUGACAUCUUGUUUCAGUUAGCAGAUCUUUAUGAGCCACGGGGGCGCAUGACGUUAGCUGAUAUUGAAAGAAUUGCUCCUCUGGAGGAAGGAACAUUGCCCUACAAUCUGGCAGAGGCUCAGAGGCAGAAAGCUUCAGGUGAUGCGUCUCGACCUGUUCUCAUCCAGAUUGCAGAAUCAGCGUACAGGUUUGCCCUUGGUUCAGUUGCUGGAGCUGUUGGAGCCACUGCAGUCUACCCAAUUGAUUUGGUAAAAACUCGAAUGCAAAACCAGCGUUCUACAGGCUCUUUUGUGGGUGAACUUAUGUAUAAAAACAGCUUUGAUUGCUUCAAGAAAGUGCUGCGUUAUGAAGGUUUCUUUGGGCUUUAUAGAGGUCUGUUACCACAGCUAUUAGGAGUAGCACCAGAGAAGGCCAUAAAACUUACUGUUAAUGAUUUUGUGAGAGAUAAGUUUAUGAGUAAAGAUGGCUCUGUCCCACUGGCUGCAGAAAUUCUUGCUGGUGGCUGUGCUGGAGGUUCUCAAGUGAUCUUUACCAAUCCACUGGAAAUUGUCAAGAUUCGAUUGCAGGUGGCUGGAGAAAUUACUACUGGUCCACGAGUUAGUGCCCUCAGUGUAUUAAGGGACUUAGGUUUCUUUGGUCUCUACAAGGGUGCUAAGGCAUGUUUUCUGCGUGAUAUCCCCUUUUCUGCCAUUUACUUCCCUUGUUAUGCUCAUUUGAAAGCUUCAUUUGCAAAUGAAGAUGGGAGGGUUAGCCCUGGAAAUCUGCUCUUGGCUGGAUCAAUAGCUGGUAUGCCUGCAGCCUCCUUGGUCACCCCUGCAGAUGUGAUCAAAACAAGGCUACAGGUGGCAGCCCGGGCAGGACAGACCACCUACAGUGGCGUCAUAGACUGCUUUGCUAAGAUCCUGCGAGAGGAAGGUCCAAAGGCUCUGUGGAAAGGAGCAGGAGCUCGUGUAUUUCGAUCUUCUCCUCAGUUUGGUGUAACUCUGGUGACUUACGAGCUACUGCAGAGAUGGUUGUAUGUGGACUUUGGAGGAGUAAAACCAGCUGGAUCAGAUACAGUUCCUAAAUCUAGGAUCACGCUCCCUGCUCCUAACCCUGACCAUGUUGGCGGUUAUAAAUUGGCAGUUGCCACUUUUGCAGGGAUUGAAAACAAGUUUGGACUUUACCUACCUCGAUUUAAGCCAUCACCACCUACCUCAACGGCUGCUGUAGCAGUAGGACCCUAAGUUUAUUGCUGUAGGGUUUUUGUUAUUAGUUAGGAAAGAGCCACUUUUCUAAUUGGUUACUACUUUGUUCCUUUAGCUUCUCAUCAUAUAAAAGUUUAGCUUCAUUUGAGUUUUAAGGUAAUUUUCAUCUUAAACGUAAUCAUUUGUCUUUGUGCUUCCGUAACCAGAUCACUGUGAAAUUCUUACCAGUUGUUUUAAGUUUGGGACCAUGAAUGUAUUUGUCCACAUCUGACAUGUGCUUGUGUUGGGAAGACACUAAUUUUAGGUUCCGUUUAUUAGGGAGGGCUGGGUGAGAGCUGUGAACCAGAUCAUUUUACAGGCAAUGCGCAGUUGCAGAUUACCAGGGCAGAUGUCGCACAUUGUCACUCGAAUGGAAAAACUCAGUGGAUAUCACGGUGCUCAAAGCAGAAUGAUUUUGACUGUAUGUGUAAAUUGGUUAUAAACUUGGUGCGUGUCUGUAGAGGUCAGCAAAUAUAUACCCGGUACCUAAGUAUGCCAGUACAGCUUCAACUUUUUAAAUCUGUACACGCACAACUUCUGUUUCUGGAUUGUAUUAUGAAGCUUUUAUGUGGAACAUGUUUUUGUAAUGAAAACCACAUUUAUAAAUGUUUAGCCGUUGUAUUAUGUUACUGGUAUCAAAAUGCUCAAAAGAAAGUGUUAUUGUCCAUAGUCUUUGCACUUUAUGGCAGAACUUUUGGCAUUCUACUACACAUACGAGGAAAUUUCAUAACUAGGUGCCUAUCUUGGGUUGCUGGUGUUUGGAAUUCAGUUUGUAUAUGCACUUCUAUAGUAAAACGCUGCUUGUUUAAAUAACUGCAAUAGAAAAUUCAUGCACUGUAUCAAUGGUACCUGCCUUAACUGCUGGCUUGUAAUUGGCAUAUAGGUGGUUUCAGAUUCUUAUUUACUUCAUCAAGUCAAAAGAGAUUAAAAUAAUCUAAAAUAAAAGAUUUUACUUAAUUUUUGGUGCCUUGCACAGUGUUUGGAAAAUUCUGUAUUUAUGAAGAUAGAAAUAAACCUUUCAAACAGA